CUACACGGCGACGGACUAGUUAACCAAGGCACCGUUUUUCCAAUGUUGUCUUCCUGUGGAGGUGUUUUCAUGAGUAUGGGUGCUCCUUUUUCACUGCCGUUAUAACGUAACGUGAGCUCAUAUGUAAUAUUUCAAAUAUAUAAUAAUAUAUAAUAUCCGCUUGAAUAACUGUGAUUAGCAUAGCAGCUAUAUUAGCCACAGCAUGUUGAAGCCUUUAAGCACUUGUAGACUUUUUAGUCGUUUAAAAUCAGUGACCGCCCCCAGGCCAACUCCGAUCAAACGCCUGAGCGAUGAGGCCAUUAGAAGGUUUAUUUCAGAGAAUACACAAACUGUCGAAGAGGACAACUUGACACCAGAGAUCAAGUUAAGACUUUUUACCCCAAAGUGUAGAUUUUGGUUUGAAAGACCAGAACUUUGGCCCUUUGAGGACCCAUAUUGGGCCAUAUACUGGCCAGGCGGACAGGCGCUUUCAAGGUAUCUCCUGGACAAUCCUGGCGUGUGUCAGGGAAGGUCAGUCUUGGAUGUGGGCAGCGGCUGUGGGGCUUCAGCCAUCGCGGCUACACGAAGUGGAGCUGCUCAUGUUCUUGCUAACGACAUCGACCCCGUUGCCAUUCUGGCGACCCGCAUGAACUUUGAGCUGAACGGCCUGGAGGCGCCCACCUGCGUGACAGGAAACAUGAUUGGCUCGUGUCCUGGCGGCUUUGACCUGAUCCUCCUCGGUGACAUGUUUUACGACGAGGUCCUUUCCCGCAGCCUUCACGCGUGGUUGGACCGCUGCAUUCAAACCAACCGCAGCCAAGUUCUCAUCGGAGACCCCGGCAGAGCCCACUUCCAGGAGAACGGCCUUCGGAGACUCGCCCGCUUUGAGCUGCCCACGUCUGUACAGGAGGAGAACUAUGGUCUUACCUGCAGCAGCGUUUGGUCUUACCGUCCUCAACUGGACUUGAGGACAUGAGACUCGCACAUAAUUCUUUUCUCUAACGGACAUUGUGCAAACCUUAACCAGUGCUUAAGAUAAGAUAUGCCAAGAAAUCAUAUUUCAAGAAAAAAUGUCAUCUCAGCUUUCAGUGUCAAAUUUUCUAUUGCCAUGUUUUUCUUUUUAAGUUAAAAAAAAUGUAGUCAUGGAAAAAAUGAUGUUAACGACUGAUAUUGACAAUAUCGGCAUGUUUUUUUGGUCAUAACCCAAUCUCAGACAUUCCUAAACACAAGCACGGGCAUGAAGAAUAAAAUGCAAAGUGAAUUCCGAAUGCAUAUAAACCCUCAAUCAGCCCAAAUGGAGACACAAAGUAGCAAACAUCUUGGCCUUGGCGGUGAAAUACGUAGAGGGGCGUCAAGGCGGCGCCAAGGAGCCAUCCCGUGGUGGCCAGACAAGGAGAAGGAACCCUAAAGCUGUACAGAGAAAAUGGCAACAAAGCGUUCAGAAGGACGGCAUUUUUUUUUAUUGAACGACUCAAAACCAACCAGAGUCCAACAAAACCGGAAGCCCCGCUUCCAGGUUGUACCGCCAAAAGAAAUUCCCUCCAUGUUUUACUACAUUGAAUAUAAAACAUCAAAUACGGCUGAAGUAAACUGUUCACAUGGUUUAUAUAAAAAAAAACACCAAUGGCCAAAAUAAAAGAUCUAUUUUUAUAUAAAAAUAUAAACAUGGCUGUCACAGGACAACUUGUUCUUCUAAGGCAACAGGAAGCAUACCUUGAGGUCACGUGAACCAACUAAAACUUUGGCUAACAAAUCAGAGCUUCAUCCAUCCUUCAUCAGAGGAUUCCAAAUAAAUAUAAAAUCCAUCCACGGCUACCGAGUCACCGACAGUUGGGACAUCUCCAUGUAUUUCUUCUGAAACACUGCAAAGACACCGGAGCUUCUGGGGGCGGCGUGGUGCUGUGUGGGGUCGCACCCCUUUCCAGGAAGAGGAUUCCACACAUUAGCUGGAAAAAAUGACAACAAAAAGGAUUUUUCAUGCUGAUGUUAUUAAAACAUAAAAUGCACACAGAGCUUGAAAUGUCCUACCUAUGCUUUUCUGAUGGAGGGUCUCCUUUUUGGA